AUGCCACAGAUGUUACAAUGCGUAUUUGCCAAAUCUUUAAAUAAGUCAUUUUCAAGAUCAAAGUCUAACUUUGGUUCCAAGCUUGAGCAUUUGCUUUCUACGCGAGCUGAAAUCAUUGGUAGAAUGCACCGCCCUCCUCCUGCGGAAGGCAAUGGUAUGGAUCCCCUAACAGGAGAAUUUCAAAAAAAUGAAUUUGAUGCUCAUGUUCCGCCGGCAAAUAUAUCUGUGUGGCCAGAUGAAAAAGCUGCCGCGUUUUGCGCCGUCUUACCGCCGAUUGAGACGUUUAUGCUGGUUCCAGACGAAAUACGGCGCGAACAGUUUUUUGCGACUGCUCGUCAGGAUGAUCUCCUCAUUGGCAUCAUCAGCGCUAUCCAAGAUUCUGGUCUCAUAAUAACUCUUUUAUGUUAUGAUCAGGGUCCCCGACGAGACUUGGAGGGUCUUAAAAUGACAGUAAGCUUAAUUUAA